UUGGACACCAAAUGCAAGGGCAGCCGUCUCAUCCCUGCUAAUUUCUGUUUCAUCCUUCCAGAAUAAGAUUAUCCUGGAUCCCAUGACUUUUAGCGAGGCCAGGUUCCGACCAUCCCUGGAAGAGAGGCUGGAGAGCAUCAUCAGCGGCGCGGCGCUCAUGGCCGACUCCUCCUGCACACGCGAUGACCGGCGCGAGCGCAUAGUGGCCGAAUGCAACGCUGUGCGGCAGGCGCUGCAGGACCUGCUCAGCGAGUACAUGAAUAAUACUGGAAGGAAAGAAAAAGGAGAUCCUCUAAACAUUGCAAUUGACAAGAUGACCAAGAAAACAAGAGAUCUAAGGAGACAGCUUCGGAAAGCAGUGAUGGAUCACAUAUCUGAUUCUUUCUUGGAAACCAAUGUCCCUUUGCUGGUUCUCAUUGAAGCUGCAAAGAGUGGGAAUGAAAAGGAAGUAAAAGAAUAUGCCCAGGUUUUCCGUGAACAUGCCAACAAGCUGGUGGAGGUUGCCAAUUUGGCCUGUUCCAUCUCCAACAACGAGGAAGGGGUAAAAUUAGUCCGGAUGGCAGCCACCCAGAUUGAUAGCUUGUGUCCCCAGGUCAUCAAUGCUGCUCUCACACUGGCUGCUCGGCCACAGAGCAAAGUUGCUCAGGAUAACAUGGAUGUCUUUAAAGACCAGUGGGAGAAGCAGGUCCGAGUGCUGACCGAGGCUGUGGAUGACAUCACCUCAGUGGAUGAUUUUCUCUCUGUCUCAGAAAAUCACAUCUUGGAGGAUGUAAACAAAUGUGUGAUAGCCCUCCAAGAAGGGGAUGUGGAUACUCUGGACAGGACGGCAGGGGCCAUUCGGGGCCGGGCUGCUCGGGUCAUACACAUCAUCAAUGCAGAGAUGGAGAACUAUGAGGCUGGGGUGUACACUGAGAAGGUACUGGAAGCUACAAAGUUACUUUCUGAGACAGUGAUGCCACGCUUUGCUGAACAAGUCGAAGUUGCCAUUGAAGCUUUGAGUGCCAACGUCCCUCAACCAUUUGAAGAGAAUGAGUUCAUUGAUGCCUCUCGCCUGGUGUAUGACGGUGUUCGGGACAUCAGAAAGGCUGUGCUGAUGAUCAGGACCCCAGAAGAACUAGAGGAUGAUUCUGACUUUGAACAGGAAGAUUAUGACGUGCGUAGCCGGACAAGUGUUCAGACGGAGGAUGACCAGCUCAUUGCUGGGCAGAGUGCACGGGCCAUUAUGGCACAAUUACCACAGGAAGAGAAGGCAAAAAUAGCUGAGCAGGUGGAGAUAUUCCACCAAGAGAAAAGCAAGCUGGAUGCCGAAGUGGCCAAGUGGGAUGACAGCGGCAAUGAUAUCAUUGUUCUGGCUAAGCAGAUGUGCAUGAUCAUGAUGGAAAUGACAGACUUCACAAGAGGCAAAGGCCCACUGAAAAAUACAUCUGAUGUCAUUAAUGCUGCUAAGAAGAUUGCUGAAGCAGGUUCUCGAAUGGACAAAUUAGCCCGCGCUGUGGCUGAUCAGUGUCCUGAUUCAGCAUGUAAGCAGGAUUUAUUAGCCUACCUUCAGCGAAUUGCCUUGUAUUGCCAUCAGCUUAAUAUCUGCAGCAAGGUGAAGGCAGAAGUGCAGAAUCUGGGAGGAGAGCUCAUUGUGUCAGGGACAGGAGUUCAGAGCACUUUCACUACCUUUUAUGAGGUAGAUUGUGAUGUCAUAGAUGGGGGCAGGGCUAGUCAACUUUCUACCCACCUCCCAACCUGUGCUGAGGGAGCUCCGAUCGGGAGUGGAAGCAGUGAUUCCUCCAUG